AUGGUCAACCACCGGCUCCGUGAAAAAUUGGAAGCAGAUGGAAGAUUCGGCUUUCAACAGCACGCCUUUCGCCCAGGAUAUGGCACCAGCACAUACUUUGCCAACCUGGGCAAUGUGCUACAGAGCGUGUAUAACGAAGGCAAGCAUGUUGAUCUGGUUUCGCUGGACAUUGCCAAAGCCUUCAGCAGGACCUUGACACCCCUGGUUUUCAACAAAUUACGAGAAUGGGGCAUCACUGGCAACAUGCUUGCCUUUAUCAAAAACUUCUUGACGGGUAGCACAUUCACGGUCCUCAUUGGCGGCUCUGCAUUCGGAGAGUAUGCCGGAAACUGGAGUCCACCAAGGGUCAGUUCUUCGGUCACCCUUUCCUGA